AUGGAGGCGGCCAAGGACAUCCAGACGUCCAUCAAAGCCAACAACUACCAUCCGCAGUUCCGUGUGUCGUACAACCGCAUGUUGUUUGUUGACAGUCAGGUGCAUUCUGUGGAUAUGUGUCUGGACUCAGAGAUGGUCAUGGUGAAGGAGAGGGGUUUCCAGGACGGGAAUUGGCGACGCAUGGACGAGGACUGUAAAUUCCCCUACACAACACUCAACACCAAACAGUACAGUCGUUUCCCCUUCGCCGUACUGCAAGUGAAUAUCCACCACUACGGCGACAGGCCUGCGCCCGAGUGGGUGAACCAGAUAACCAACAACAGCCUGUGCAUUCCGGUGGAGAACUUCUCCAAGUAUCUGCAGGGAGUGUCGUCGCUGUAUGGAGACAAGGUGCAGGCGUUACCCAGCUGGCACAUGAAGCUAACGACCACGGGGCAGUUAACCACACCAGACGGCUCAGAUGGCAGUGACCAGCGGUCAGGAGAUACAUAUGACUUGGAGACCGUGUACGAUGCGGAGAGACGGGCAAGCGUUGACUUCCACAAAACGGGCGACCGCAGCUAUUCUGUUGUGCCUAUCACAGACGAUGCGAGCUCAGCAGAGCUUAUCGGAGAAGACGACACACACACUGCACUCAGAAGAGAGAAGUCCGUGCGCGAUCGCAAACGGAAGAACGUCAUGCUGCUCUCUCGCAUGAUGAAGAGUUUAGCUAGGAAGAUACCUAAUAUGAACAGCACAGCGCCGCAACCCAAGAAGGCCAAGCAGAAGAAGCCUAUCGCCAUCCCCGUGCGUGUGGAGCCCAAGGUGAUCUUUGCGAACGAGCGCACCAUGCUCAGAUGGGUCAACAUCACCAUGUGGCUGUCUACCAUUGGCAUCGGGCUCAUUCAUCAGGAGGGCCACAAGGCCUGGGUAUCACGGGUGGCUGGGUACCUGCUGGUGCCUGUGUCAGUCAUGCUGAUUGUCUAUUCGCUCUACAUGUUUCUGUGGCGCGACUGGAAAGUGCGCACACGCGAUCCAGGGCCCUACAACUCAUUCGCUGGGCCUGUGCUUAUAACUUCUGUGCUUGGUGGUGCGCUCAUGGUCAACUACUGCAUGUGGUUCGUCGCCAAUGGCUUCAACCCAGACGAUUGGGUGAAACCCAAAUAG